UUGAGAAGGGCUUUUGGCGCCGACUGUUCCCUCCUUGCCCUGCUUCCAUGUUCUUCCACUUCGCUUACGAACCCAACCUCACUUCACUUCACAUUUCAGUUCUGGCUUCUUCACCUCCAUGAAUGCCCCAAUAAUCGAUCCGCUUCAAGGAGAUUUCCCGGAGGUUAUAGAAGAGUUUCUCGAACAUGGCGUGAUGAAAUGCAUCGCCUUUAACCGUCGCGGUACUCUUCUAGCAGCUGGAUGCUCUGAUGGAAACUGUGUUAUCUGGGAUUUUGAGACCAGAGGCAUUGCUAAGGAGCUUAAAGACAAAGAUUGUGUUUCUGCAAUUACGAGUGUCUGUUGGUCAAAUUAUGGCCAUCAAAUUCUUGUAUCUGCUGCCGAUAGGUCGUUAACACUGUGGAACGUUCUCAAGGGGGAGAAGGUAAACCGCAUAACUCUGCAACAGACCCCUUUACAAGCUCGUCUGCAUCCUGGAUCUUCUAAUCCAUCUCUCUGCUUGGCAUGCCCUCUCUCAUCUGCUCCUAUGAUUGUCGACUUAAAGACGGGAAGCACAACUCUACUUCCAGUUUGUAUUUCUGAUGCAGAUACAGCUUCUUCUCGUGGCAAAGUAUCUGAUGGAACUCCGCCUUUUACCCCGACAGCGGCUUGCUUUAACAAGUAUGGCGACCUAGUUUAUGUAGGAAAUUCAAAAGGGGAAAUACUUGUGAUAGAUUACGAAAGAGUUCAGAUAGAGGCCAUGGUUCCAAUUUCUGGAGGUGCUGUUGUGAAGAACAUAGUAUUUAGUAGAAAUGGUCAAUAUCUUCUCACUAAUUCUAACGACAGAACGAUUAGAAUCUAUGAAAGUCUCCUACCCAACAAAGAUGGUUUGAAAUUCAUUGACGAAAUUACGAAAGAGUUCGAUGGGCUCGAUGGUGCUGAGAAACUAAAGGCUGUUGGAACAAAGUGUUUAACUCUUUUCCGGGAGUUUCAAGAUUCUAUCACUAGAAUGCACUGGAAAGCACCUUGUUUUAGUGGUGAUGGUGAGUGGGUUGUUGGUGGUUCUGCAAGCAAAGGCGAACACAAGAUUUACAUUUGGGAUCGAGCAGGUUAUCUCGUAAAAAUCCUCGAAGGGCCAAAGGAAGCAUUGAUUGAUUUAGGCUGGCAUCCCGUUCAUCCCAUUGUCGUCUCUGUUUCACUUACUGGCUUAAUUUAUAUUUGGGCUAAAGAUUAUACUGAGAAUUGGAGUGCUUUUGCUCCUGAUUUUAAAGAGCUCGAGGAAAACGAAGAAUACGUGGAAAGAGAAGAUGAAUUUGAUCUGAACCCCGAAACCGAAAAGGUGAAAGAACCCGAUGUUAAUGAAGAUGAAGAAGUCGAUAUCGUAAAUUUGGAGAAGGAUUCAGCUUUCAGUGACUCAGAUGCUUCACAGGAUGAACUAUGCUUCUUGCCAGCUAUCCCAUGUCCCGACAUUAUCGAGCAGCAGGAUAAGUGCAUCGAGAUUUCUUCAAAAAUGAUCGAAAAUAACAAUUCCGGAUCCCCACCUUCAGAGGAGGCUGGUGUAAAUGGCCGUACGACCAAUCAUGCAUCAAGUCCACUGGAAGUAUUAGAUAACCCAGACGAUGCAGGAGGAGCACAGGUGAAACGAAAACGAAAACCAUCAGAGAAAGGACUGGAAUUGCAAGCAGAGAAGGGAAAGAAACCCUCUAAACCUUCAGGUAGAUUGUCAAAAUUUAAAACCAAGUCCAUGGUUCAUCAGGAUAAUAGCAAUGGUACGUACGGUGAUGACAAUUCUGAUGAAUAGCGGUAGAAAAAAUCUGGCCUUUUUAAUUUUAUUGCAUUAAGUUAAUUAAUCUUA